AUGUAAAGGUACAAGGGAAAUGUUUGCGCCAGACUAAAUGUGGGGUGGAUCAUUGAAUUUUCGCCACUUCGAGUCCUGGAAAUGUUGUGAAAAUGGCAUUUUUACAGCAGUGGAAGCGGCUGAACUUCUUUGACAAGGAAGUUGUGAAGCUUCCAGGCACAGCUGAGAUCUUCACUAGCUUGAGGGACAUAGACAUCACCACCUGUGCUAGUGGGCGGGGCCAGGUGACCCUUGGGGAUUCCGAUGGCAAUCUCUUCUUUCUGGAUCGCAACUUGGAGAUCUCCGGUUUCCGCGCCUACGAGCUGCGAGUCACCCACCUCUACCAGCUGAAACAGCACAACAUCCUGGUGUCCAUCGGGCAAGAUGAGGCUGGCAUCAACCCCAUCAUCAAGGUCUGGAACCUGGACAAGCAGGACAAGAUGCGCAACCCGACCUGCUCGCGCAUCACGAGGGCGCUGCCCGGCAGCAACCAGCCGUGCCACGUCUCCGCGCUGGCGGUCAGCGAGACCAUGACCAUGAUGGCCAUCGGGUUUCAGGACGGGAGUGUGACGCUCAUCAGGGGGGACGUCACACGCGACAGACACAACAAGUUUAGGACCGUCUUCCAGGACAAGACGCCAGUUACCGGGUUGGCGUUCCGUCACACGCAGCGCAGCACGGUGCUCUUCGUCGCCACGGAAACCAGCGUGAGCUCCUUCAACCUUAGCGGGAAGGACCCCCACAGGGAGGUACUCGAUUUGCACGGUUGCCCGCCCCGCUGUGCCGUGCUGAGCGACGCCACACAGGACAACCAGUUUGUCAUGGGACGAGAGGACGCGGUGUAUUUCUACCAGCCCGAUGGUCGAGGUCCAUGCCUGGCCUUUGAAGGCAAGAAGACCCUGCUGCACUGGUACCGGGGGUACCUGGUAGUCGUCACCAAAGACAGCAAGAUGCUGUCGCGGAAUCUUGGCGCCGCUGGACAGCAGUUGGUGAUGGACACGGUGACGGUAUAUGACAUCCAGAACAAAUUCAUAGCUUACUUGGCCCCCGUGCCAGAAGUCCUGGAUGUUUUCCAGGAGUGGGGAUCUAUCUAUGUGCUUGGUGGGGACAGAAAGCUGUACCAUCUACAAGAGAAGGACACGCAGACCAAGCUAGAGAUUCUCUUCAAGAAGAACCUGUAUAGUCUGGCGAUCAACCUUGCCAAGAGCCAGCAUUACGACUACGACGGCUUGAUUGACAUCUUCACCCAGUACGGCGACCACCUGUACGGCAAAGGGGACCACGACGGCGCCAUAUCCCAGUACAUCCGCACCAUCGGACACCUGGAACCAUCGUAUGUCAUCCGAAAGUUCCUGGAUGCUCAGAGAAUCCACAACCUAACUGCCUACCUACAAGCCCUACACAAGCAGUCCUUGGCCACCGAGGAUCACACGACCUUACUGCUCAACUGCUACACCAAACUCAAAGACAACAGCAAACUGGACGAGUUCAUUAUGACCAAGGACAAAGAAGUAGACUUUGAUGUGGAGACGGCCAUCAAGGUCUGCCGUCAGGCCGGCUACUACAAACACGCCCUGUUCCUGGCAGAGAAACACGGCCAACACGACUGGUACCUUAAGGUCCAGCUAGAAGACAUCAAGGACUACCAGAGAGCGCUGACUUACAUCGCUAAGCUGGAAUUUUUUGAGGCGAUGGACAACAUGAAGAAAUACGGCAAGACACUGAUGAACGAAGUUCCCAAAGACACCACGGAUCUACUCAAGAUCCUGUGCACGGACUACAAACCUAGUGAUAUCGCUAAUUUCCUGCAAGUUGGAGAAGAAGAUGAGCCCCUGAUAGAUUCCAACAUGCUAAGUGGCGACGUCAUGCCGUCCGUUCAAAAGGCCAACGCCGAAGAGUUUAUCCACAUCUUUGUCAACAACUCGGGGCAACUCAUGGAGUUCCUUGAACACAUGGUCAAGGUUCAGCCCGAUUCAUCUCAUCUCAUCUACAACACCUUACUGGAGCUGUAUCUCCACGACAUGGCACAUGAAGGAGAAAGACGGAACCGUUUGGAACUCCAUCGCAAAGCCAUGGACCUGUUACAGACGUCGGAUGCCUUGUAUGACAUUGACCAGGCCAUGGUGCUUUGUCAGAUGCACAACUUCAAGCAAGGAAUACUUUUCCUGUACGAGAAAUCCAAACUAUAUCAACAGAUUCUGCACUAUCACAUGGAGAACAACGAGUACGACCAAGUCAUUGAUACCUGCAAGAGACACGGGACCCAGGACCCUAACCUGUGGGUUCAGACCCUCUCCUACUUUGCCCGCAAGGAGGAGAACUGCAAGCAGUACAUCGUGGAGGUUCUGUCCCAGAUCGAUCGCUACAAUCUCCUGCCUCCGCUCAUGGUCAUACAGACGCUGGCUCACAACUCAUCGGCAACGCUGUCCGUUGUCAAGGACUACAUCAUUCGAAGGCUUCAACAGGAGAAUGAUCAGAUUACAGAGGACGAGAGAUUAGUGAAACAGUACAGGGAAGAGACGGAGAAAAUGAGGAUACAGAUGGAAGAGAUGAAGACAAGCGCCAAGAUCUUUCAAGUGUCCAAGUGCAGUAUCUGUAAUCAUAACCUGGAGCUGCCGUCCGUCCAUUUCCUGUGCCAGCACUCUUACCAUCAGCACUGUUUUGAGAGUUAUGCCGAGAAUGACCUAGAAUGCCCAGCCUGCGCUCCAGAGAACCACAAAGUCAUGGACAUCAUCAGAGCCCAGGAGCAGAGCAAAGACCUCCACGAACAGUUCCACAGACAGCUUGAGAAGUCACAAGAUGGUUUUUCUGUCGUCGCCGAUUACUUUGGUAGAGGGGUCUUCAAUAAGGUUACCCUUGUGACUGAUACCUUCCCAGCCUCACCCAAGAAGCUGACACCCUCCCAGUCGCCCGGUAUCCUGCCAGCACCCAUGAAGCCUACCAUGGCAACACAGGGGGCACCCAGAGCAACCCAGCACCCAGUGCAGAAGCCCAUUCAGCAGGUUCCCAGGCCAUCCCAGGCAGCAGCGCCGACCAGAGCCACCCAGCCCUCCACAGGCUACACCCAGCCCACUUCCCUCCCAAGCAUCCAACAACCCAGUCGAACCCAGACCCCUCCCCAAACCCAGGUGUCCAGAUCCACCCCUAGCUCGGUCCAGAUCCCAACCAACAGAGGCGGCACCCAGUCCUUCCAGCAAGAGACGAAACAACCCCAGACGGCGGCCGCCGAUGUUUACCGCUCCAGCCCUUCCCGGCUCACCCCUUCCAACCCUAACCCCCCGAAAUCAUCAAGUCCAAGCCUUCACCAUCGCGCGCCCACGGCCCCCACCCAACCCACGCAAGAGUACAACCCAUUUUUCGGGGCGGGUUCGAGCACAACAAAAGCCCCUGCCCCUGGUACCGCCCCGACAGCCCAGAAAUCCUCCGCGCCAAGCAAAACACAGACAUACAAUCCUCAGAGCAAUCCGUUCGAAACCGGACCACCCAAAGCAGACAACCCGUUUGGAAAUGAUGGAUCUGGUUCAAACCCGUUUGAAGAAGACGAAGAUGCCAAUAAUCCUUUUUUCAAUUAAAAAAAAUGCAUUAAGAAGAAAUGUACAAUUGUCUUACCGAAAUCAUGUUCUGUUGUAUAUAAUGUAUCGAUAAGGAAAAUGAGGAGA